AUGGAAGAAAGAGACAAACAAAAAUUCGAGUAUUCCCCUGAACCUCCUUCCUACAUCGAGGGUAGGACAUUCAACCUGCAAGAAGUCACCUCUAACACAGAUCUGUUCCAAAAAUCAGACAAUCUUUUAGGCAUCAACACUGAGGAUGAAGAGACUGAGCAGCAAACCCGCAUUAGUGGUAAUAGCAAGACAGUAUUACAGGUCUUAAACCAGGACAAUGUCCAGAAAGAAAUCUUCUGAGGGACUCAUAAAGACAUGUUAGAUGAUUCAGAAUCAAGAGAUGCCCAUCAAAACACCAUUGGAUGCAUUGUUAAUAACUUAGAAGAAAUAGACUGCCACAAUAACGAAGAUACUCUUGAAUACAACAAGAGCCAAUCUACUAUAGAAUGGGACGGCCCCAAGAACUCUCAUGAUGGGAUCCCCGAAAAGUCCAUCGAAAUGCUUUCCUCAGAUUCAUGAAAGGAAAUUGCAGUUUCAAGGGAGACCUGAAUCCCUCUGAAAAGGCCAACUUCUUCACUUCACUUAACGAAUAAUCCUGAUGAAAGCAAGGAGAGAAACUCUAAUGAACUAGACGAGGUAUCAGCUAAGCUUAUGGCUCGAAUAAAGCAGAUGAGAUCCCAGAAGAAGGAGAGCACUGCUUGAAAACAACUAGAUUAUAAUAACUCUAAAGAUCAGCCUUUUAACCUAAACUCACCAAUGCAUAUCUCACCAAUGGAGAAUCAGAAUAUCAAACUCGAGACUGUUAAUGAACAGGAUGAAAUUCUACAUCAAAAUCUCUUAACUCUCCAAAAGCUAAAAUCUGCUCCUGAAAUUGUGCACAAUAUGCCAAAUGCAAACAGAAGAGCUGUAGCCCAGAUUCUUCAACAACAGAAAGAGCGAGAAGUUGAGCUUCUUCAGUCAUUCAAAACCCAAAUCUCUCACCUAAAAGAGAUGCUAAAAUAAGGAAAUUGCUAUAAAAUUUGUACUCUUAGAGCGUAGCAAGAACCUCCAAACAGAAAAUUCUAAACUACGUGAUCUUUUCGAUAAAAAGAACAUUCUUGAUCAUAAAAGAAACCUGAAGGAUGUUUCAUGCCAAGUGAGCAUCGGCUCAAGCUGUAUGGCUAACCAAGUCACAAACAGAGGCUCAAUCGGCAAAUUUUAUAAAGAAAUGUUCCCGAAUAAUUCUAAAAAUAAACCAAAUCCUGAAAUAAAAGUGGAAAUUCAGCCUGAGCCUGAGAAUAUUGUCAAGUCCAGAAAUCAAAAUGAAUUCGAGAAAGAUCCUCACUCAAACAAGCCAAGCAUCCAGGAAUCUGUUAGUCAAGCUACUAUAGGCUUAUCUGCAGAGAAACUUAAGAAAAUUAAGACACAGUCUACCAACCCCAGACUUCGCAGGAGAAGCCGAAUGGACCGGAUAAAGAGUAAAUCUAAAAAGCCAGCCCGCAAGGACUUCGCUCCAGAAACAACAAUAAUUGUAAUUCAGAAAACUCAAGAAAACCAACAAAGCUAUACAAGACAGAUAGAAGACUUCAACUGUCUCGAGGAGGAGAUCCAGAAAAUUAAGGAAGGAACUAUGACCAUGGGCACUUCGAAGACAAAGUAUAAAUCAGAAAACAGAGCCAGACCUAAAACAUCUCAUAAAAACCAGCCGUUCCUUCAUUCACAAAAGAAAGGGAAACCUCCACUGGUAAGCCCAACAUCACAGGACAAGAGGAAAUACUCUCAGAUUCCUCGCUUAGGAGAAAAGCGAGAGUCAGUAAAAUCCAAAAGAGGUAGUCAUGCUUCCUCAGCUUGAGCCAUGAACAGCCACAAAUCGAGUAGGACAAACAGCCGAGAAUCCAAACAAAAUAUGAACAGAACCAGAAGAACCAAAGAUGCCUCGAAUGCAUACCAAAAGCGGCCUAUAAACCCUCAUCCUAGCUCUAAAAACAACGGAAUUGAAGACCUCAUCGAGCAGAAGAAGCAAGCUCUAGGUAUCAAGCCCUUAGAUUCAUCCAUGAAGAACUACAAACAGGUCCUGAAUGAGAAUAAGAAACUCCAGAAAAUCGUUGAAGAACAAAAACAAAAAUUACGAAAAAUGAGAAAAGAGAGAGUGCAACAAGUUCAGGAAAUGAAGAAGGAAAUUGAAGAAAAGAAGAAGCUUGAGCAGUACAUUAAGCGAGACACUCCUCUCAAAGGCAGAAAGAAUCGGUCAGGUUACAGGAAGGAAUCAAGAGAGCUCUCAAAUGCCUCCAAUGAUAGCAAGAUCUUUCAUAAAUCACCUAAUUAUCGUUAUAAAUCUGAGUAUACCAAGUCUAAUACCCCUAUAACAGAUGAUUUCAAGCUAUACGGUCUUGAAAGUUGUGAUAGUGAGAAAAAGACUCAAGAUCAUAACCGGUGAGGCAUCCAGCAGCCUAAAAUCGGAGGAAGAGAAUACUCAGAAAUCAUCAGCGCUGAAAUUCUCAAGAAAUCCUCCAAACAACUACUUCAGACCUCAUUCAAUAAUCCUGAGAAGAUAGGAAGGAUAUAUAAAAUGGAGAAGUAUGAGAAUGAUUACGAAAAGACAUUGACUAACUUCGACAACAAUCCAUUGACUAAAUCUGUAUCGUACUGAGAACCUACCACUGCUGCAGAGAACACCCAAAAAGCAAUGCCCAAAAGCCUAAAGAAAUCGUUCAAAUAACGAGUCAAUCUUGUUCUCUCCUAAUAAAACUUUGGGACAAAAUAACAGAAAAGAUUUACAGAGCACGACUGACCGAAGAAGUGGUAAAAACUCUUAUAAUAAAUUAAACCCGAAUCCACUUCACCACAAGAUUAUGAACUCUAGAAAAAAGAAGAGCAAUUAUACAUCCCCAACAAAGUUUGGAGAGGAAGAUAACAACUCUGUUCGGAAAGGAUCAGAGGUCCUUUCAGAAGAAGGGAAGAACAUUACUGCUAGAAAUCCUUCCAAAGGAGAUCUGAGUACUUUGAAGUUUCACACAAUCCGGAGGACUAAAGAUCUUUCAUCCAAAACAAGCCUUAGCAACAAGAAGAUUUAUAGAAUGAGUAAUAAAUCAAGGGCAUCAGACCGGAGCCUAUGAGACAAUGAGGGUUAUCAUCAUGAAUCCUCACUUGGAAGUCCUAAAAUGGACUCUACAGGCCUCCUCAAAAUCCCUGAAGGAGGCUACGAAGAAGCUGAAUUCAACACAAUUGAAAGAGAUGAAGAGUACUUUUUAAAAAUAUCCAAAAGCCGUCAGAAUGAUGUAAAUACAAGAGAAAACUUGGAACCCACUUGUAGCUUUGGAAACUAAAUUUGCCACCAAAACACAUCAGAAAGUUUGAAAUCAGAAAAACAGCUAAAGGAAACUUAGACUAAACUUUGUAUUAAAAAUAAGCCUAAAAGAUAAGCAGAGAAUAGCCCGAAGGAUGUCUGAAAUCAACUAUGACAGUGUAAAAGUGCUUAGAUGAUAUAGAACAUCCUUCUAGCAGUUGGAGCAUAAUAGCUCUCUCUCGCUCUUUAGGCUGCCCUUUCGCUACCCAUUUUCCUUAAGAAUUG